GCCAAACUAAAAUACUUUUAUUGUAAUUAUCCUAAGAAUCAACUGUUCAAUAGAAGAAGAAAAGUCAUCAAAUCUAAUCAACAGGAAUUUUUGACAACUGACUGAAGAUUCGGGAUUAGAUUAGAUGAGGAGACUUUUAUUGCCUCUUAUCUUCAACUUUGGACUCGGCAGAAAUCACGGCAUUUGCACAGCUAAAGAAAUGGCAGCAGUCAUCCCCGCGGUUACUAAACUGUCCAAUCGAAUAAUAAGGAUACUUGGGUGCAACCCAGGCCCUAUGACCCUCCAGGGAACCAAUACUUAUUUAAUUGGAACUGGUAAAAGUCGAAUCCUUGUAGACACAGGAGACAAAGAUGUAGCAGAAUACCAAAAAAACUUGGCGAAUGUGGUGCAAUCUGAACAGGUGGAUAUUGAACAUAUAGUGGUCACUCACUGGCACCAUGACCAUAUUGGGGGAGUAGAGAACAUCUAUGGAUCUAUUGCAAAGCAACCUAAGGUGUGGAAGCACAAAAGGAGCCAAGAGGAUUCACCAGACAAUGAGUUGCCAUCAUCAAUUCCAACCUGUUGGCUAUCAGACGGCCAGGAGAUCAAAGUAGAGGGCGCCACAGUCAAAGUCCACCACACACCUGGCCAUACAACUGACCAUGUGAUCCUCACAUUACUAGAAGAAAACAUUCUGUUCAGUGGAGACUGUAUACUAGGGGAGGGUACUGCUGUAUUUGAGGACUUGUAUACUUACAUGAAAAGCUUGCAAAAGAUACUUGAUUUAAACCCUGGAAUGAUCUAUCCAGGUCAUGGAAAUAUUGUAGAAGACCCAAUACAGAAAAUAGAGUAUUACAUAGCACACAGAAACCAAAGAGAGUUCCAAAUACUAGAAGUCCUGAAAAAUAAUCCUGAGAAGCAGCUAACUGAAAUGGAUCUAGUCAAAAUAAUUUAUGUAGAAACACCUGAGCAUCUUUGGCCUGCCGCUGCUUACAAUGUCAACCAUCAUCUCACUAAAUUGACAAAAGAAAACAAGAUCAAGUGUGUCAAUGUUAAUGGAGAAAAUAGAUGGCAAUAUAGCACAAUUACUUGCAACUGCAAUUUAUAAUAUUUAUUAUCAUUAUCAUUGUUUGUAAAUA